AUGUCCCAGUACAUGCCAUACGGUGGGUUCAACUGGGUUGAACCCACAUUGAACGGAUUGAAUGAUUUGGAUGCUACCUCCCCCAUAGGGCGAGUGUAUGAGGUGGAUGUGUCAUACCCACAACAUUUGCAUGACAAACAUAAUGACCUCCCCUUCCUACCGCAAAAUAGUGUGCCGCGUGGCUCGAAGGUGAGGAAGUUGAUGGCAACAUUUGAGGAGAAAAAAAAUUAUAUUGUUCACUACCGUAAUCUACAACAAGCGAUUAAAAAUGGAUUAUUAGUUGAAAAAGUACAUAGGGUUAUUCAGUUUAACCAGUCGGACUGGUUAGCAAAAUAUAUUGAAUUGAACACCGAGAUGAGAAAGAAGGCGAGGAACGAUUUUGAGAAAGAUUUUUUUAAACUGAUGAAUAACGCUGUAUUUGUUAUGUCACUUUAUUUAUAUUAUAUAUAUAUACAUUUUUACUAA